GCAUACAUUAUUAUAUACGUAGGGUAAAUAUAAACCAGACUUCAUUUUGGACUUGUCAUUUGAGUUAUCAUUUUUGAAAAUACACACUACUGCUACAAACGACUCUAAACGCUUUUACUGUAAUUGUCCACUAAUUCAAAUUGUAUUUUUUAUUAGUUUCCUCACAAUCAUGCGUUGUCUUUUUAUUUAAUUAUAUGUGCAAUUAAGUUGUUGGAGUAUCUGGCGUUACGUACGAUGGACGGUAGUGCGCGAGUUAUGUCUCAACGGUUUAUCGCUGAAGAUUCUGUCUGCCUUGCACCAUAUCGCUAUUUUUAUUAUUAUUAUUAUUUUGUAACGCAGUCAGCCUAACACUUACUUGUUGUAAGUCACUCGAUUAAAUCGAAUUGCCGCUACUUUGGAUUCAUCCCUUCUGGUCAACCCAGCUCCAUUGAAGCGUUAUAGCGCGUGGUAAUAUGGAGCGCCAGGAAAACGUAACUUUCGGUGUUCGCCAGCAUCAGACGGAAUAUUUUGACCGGAUGCGGGCAAAUGUGAUGUUAUGCAAUGGUACCAUGGAGAAUGGCCAUAGCAUGCAUACGACUAAGUGUCUGACGAGCAGGGCGACAAGUCUCCCGGAAACAAAUUCUGAGCCUUUCCCACUGAAUGCAGGAAGCCCGGAACUGAACGAGUUUGGCUUACGAAGACGAAAUUCCGUGCCAACUGACGAUGUUGAUUCCGAUUACGGUGUGCCGAGUACAGCCGAGUCAUGCUCACCGCGAGAUGACGAUAGCGAUAUGUGCUGCGCCGUCCCGACGGCUGGGCGCACCGCAUGGAACGUUAAGAGUUCCUAUAUGGCAAAAAAUACCUUAAACCCCAUUCGGCAGAUUGUGGACGGCUUGAAGCUAACGCCUAAUCCCGAAAAACCAAUGAUUGCCUUAUCAAUAGGGGAUCCUACUACCUAUGGGAACUUCAGUCCUCCAGUGGAAGCGGUAGAAGCUGUCGUCAAAGCUGCAAGAGAGCAGAAGUUUGACGGUUACGCACCUUCUACAGGAAUUUUGUCGGCGAGAGAGGCUGUUGCAAAAUAUACCGCCCGGCCGGAAUCACCUUUGACUGCCAAGGAUGUCAUUUUGACCAGCGGUGCUUCUCAUGCCCUGGAACUGUGCAUUUCAGUAUUAUGUGAUCGCGGAAGUAACCUUCUGCUUCCCUGUCCCGGUUUCUCUAUUUAUAAGACUAUCGCCUGUUCUCUGGGAGUGAAGUGCCGAUCCUAUCGUCUGCUGCCGGAAGCCGAUUGGGAAAUUGAUCUGCAUCACUUGGCAUCACUGAUUGAUGCCGAUACGGCGGCGAUUGUGGUCAAUAAUCCGUCUAACCCCUGCGGAUCCGUGUACAGCAAGGAGCAUCUGCAGGACAUCCUGGAAGUGGCGCAUUAUUAUAGAGUUCCAGUUAUUGCCGAUGAGAUCUAUGAUGAUUUGGUCUUCCCCGGUCAUGUUUUUUAUCCCUUGGCAUCGCUGACUGACUCGGUCCCGGUUUUGGCCUGCGGGGGUCUUACAAAAAAGUUUAUCUGUCCCGGUUGGAGAAUGGGCUGGAUAACUAUUCAUGAUCGCCAUGAUAUUUUUGAAACAGAAGUACGAUCGGGUCUGACAUCAUUGUCACAAAGGAUACUCGGUCCCAAUGCCCUUGUACAAGGUGCCGUCCCAUCGAUUCUGGAAAACGUGCCACAAACGUAUUUCCAGUCUAUCAUCAACACAUUAGAAACUAAUGCAAUCAUUGCAUUCGAUGGGAUGAACGCCAUACCGGGUUUAUCACCCAUCAUGCCAGCCGGUGCAAUGUACAUGAUGACCAAAAUUAAUAUCGAAAAUUUCCCAAAUUUUACGGAUGAGUUGGCCUUUACAUCCCAGCUAGUCAGCGAGGAGAGCGUGUUCUGUCUGCCGGGUCAAUGCUUUGACUUUCCGUACUAUUUUCGCAUUGUCCUGACUGUACCGGAAGACAAAAUGAAAGAGGCAGUCUCACGCAUUGCCAGUUUCUGCGAGCGUUACUAUGUUGAAUCGGGAAGGACAUCCCCGGCUGAUGACAAUCUCGGUUUGCAGCCAUCGCAACGGUGAUAAUCCUUAAGAACGGUUUUUGAAUACCUAGUCAUCUACCAUUGGUUUUCUGACAACGUUUAUUUAUACUGCAGUAUCACGUACUUUUGCUUAGUAAACAGCAUUUGAUGGAAACAUUUAUGCAUAUAGUAUUGUGUAUUAUGAGUGAAUCAAAUGUUCCCCUAAUUUUUAUUUAGUUAAGUAACCGUAGUUUGUGACCCUUCAUUGUUUUCGAGUAGUGUCGCCAGUACAGUUAAUAAACAACUGACACUAAUCA